AUGGCAGCUUUGGCUUCACGGCGCGAACAUGGCGGACGAGGCGACCCGGCAGGUGGUGGCGGAAAGGAGGAGUACCAGGCGCUCAUCAAGUACGUGGAGAACAACAAGAGCGCGGACAACGACUGGUUCCGGCUGGAGUCCAACAAGGAGGGCACCAGGUGGUUCGGGAAGUGCUGGUACAUCCAUGACCUGCUCAAGUACGAGUUUGCCAUUGAAUUUGACAUUCCUGUCACGUAUCCAUCUACUGCCCCUGAAAUCGCCAUUCCAGAGCUGGAUGGGAAGACGGCCAAGAUGUACAGGGGAGGUAAGAUCUGCCUAACUGACCACUUCAAGCCCUUGUGGGCCAGGAACGUGCCCAAGUUUGGGCUGGCUCAUCUCAUGGCCCUGGGGCUGGGCCCAUGGCUGGCAGUGGAAAUCCCAGACCUGAUUGCCAAGGGACUAAUUGAGCACAAGGAGAAGUGACCAACCCUCAGCCCUCGCAGGCACCAGCCCAGCCUGGGCACAGGCAGCUCCACACCCCAUGGAUUUGAGACACCUGCUGCACUGGGACACCUGGCUCCUGCUCUGGAUCCUCUGUGUGAUCUGUGCCCUGUGUAGGGGUGGAAGCUGCCCCCAGCUCACCCACAGCACCCAAUAAAACAGUAACUGCA